GACGAAGAAUUUCCCAAUUUCCCAAAACCCCCAACUUUUUUUUUAUUUCUUUAUUCCAAAUCCCUCAAUUUCUUAACCCCUCAGCAGAAUCUUCAAUCUUCAAUCUUCAACCUCACGCUUCCAAUUCAAAAAAUUCAAUGCCCUCGUCUCCCCAAAUCACACUCCGAAGCAAGCGAUCAGAAGGGUAGAAAGGGAAUUGGAAAGAAAAAAUUGUUGUAGUAUGAUGAUUAAUGCAUUGGCCUCCUCUGCUUUUCUGCUUUGCAAAAACAAAAGAUAUCGGAGCAAAGUGAAGUGUUAUGAGGAGGAGUAGUAGUGAAACAAGGAGGAGGGGUAAACCUUCGUGGGAAUUUGGAAAGGUAAUGAAGUGUUUCCGUUCGGGAGAGCAAUUAAGAGCGGCAGAUGAAAUGGUUCCUGCAGAAAAUGAAUCCCUGGCAACCAAGGAUGAUAAAUUACAUGAGUCUUUGUUGCGAGCUGGGGAGGCUACAAAGAAACCGCAUGCUGGCAAUAUAGAAGAAGCUGAAUUAUCUCUGCGUGAGAGUGGUUGUUUGAACUAUGAGGAAGCAAGAGCGCUAUUAGGAAGAUACGAAUACCAGAAAGGAAACAUAGAAGCUGCUUUACAUGUAUUUGAAGGAAUAGAUAUUGGUGCAUUGACUCCGAAGAUAAAAAUCACCCUUGCCAGAGGAGGUGAGCGUCGUAAAAGGCGCUCUCAAAGUUUUUCUACGCCGCCACUGUCUAUGAAUGCUGUCACUUUACUUCUGGAAGCAAUAUUUCUCAAAGCAAAAUCAUUGGAAGCUCUUGGGAGGUUUAAAGAAGCUGCUCAGUCUUGCAAAGUUGUUCUGGACAUUGUUGAAUCUUCAUUUCCAGAUGGCUUGCCUCAAAACUUUGGCGCUGACUGUAAAUUGCAGGAGAUCAUAAGCAAGAGUGUCGAGUUGCUCCCAGAAUUGUGGAAAUUGUCUGAUUGUCCGCAUGAAGCUAUCUUGUCUUACCGACAGGCUCUACUCCAUCACUGGAACCUUGAGGUAGAAACUACUGCAAAGAUUCAGAAGGACUUUGCUGUUUUGCUUCUGUAUAGUGGGUGUGAAGGAAGCCCCCCAAACCUACGCUUCCAAAUAGACAGUUCAUUUGUACCCAAAAACAGUUUAGAAGAAGCUAUUCUUCUGCUAAUGAUACUACUUAGAAAAGCUUCUCUUCGAAGAAUUCAGUGGGAUCCAUCAAUCUUGGACCAUCUUUCUUUUGCUCUGUCUGUAGCAGGGGAUACCAUGGCUUUAGCUAAUCAAGUUGAAGAACUGCUCCCUGGGUUUAUGGAUCGGAAAGAAAUAUUUUACAAACUAGCUCUCUGCUACUAUGGAGCAGGCGAGGAUUCAGUUGCCUUAGAUCUACUGAGGAAAUUGUUGAGUAAGAGCGAGGAUCCAAUGUGUUUUCCAGCUUUGUUAUUGGCAUCAAAGAUAUGUGGGGAAAAUCCCAGUCCCAGUCAUGCAGAAGAAGGGGUAGGAUUUGCUCGCAGAGCCCUUGAAAGUUUGGAUGGUAAAUGUGAUCAUUUGAAAAGUACCACCACUUGUUUGUUGGGCAUAUCACUUUCUGUGCAUUCUAAAUCAGCAGUUGCUGAUUUUGAGAGAGUGACAAGACAGGAUGAGGCACUUCAGGCCUUGGAAACUGCUGGGAGAAUGACAACAAUGAGUGACCCUAUUGCUCUUUACCAUCUCAGCCUAGAAUAUGCCGAGCAGAGAAAGUUGGAUGCUGCACUUGAUUGUGCAAAGAAAAUGCUAAAGCUGGAAGGUGGUUGUAAUAUUAAAGGUUGGUUGUUGUUGAGCAGAAUACUAUCAGCUCAGAAACGGUUUGUGGAUGCUGAAACGAUCAUAGAGGCUGCUUUGGAUCAGACAGGGAAAUGGGAACAAGGAGAACUACUGAGAACCAAAGCCAAACUUCAAAUUGCGCAGGGUCAGUUCAAAAAUGCAAUUGCAACCUAUACUCAGCUUCUCGCUUUUGUUCAAGUUCAGAAUAAAAGCUUUGGUUACGGGAAGAAGCCUCCAGAGAGAACUGGAAAUUUACCUGGAAGGUUGGACUUGGAAAUAUGGAAUGAUCUGGCAUAUUUUUAUAUAAAUCUCUCACAAUGGCAUGAUGCGGAGGCUUGUCUUUCCAAAUCUAAAGCCAGGCGUGCUUACUCUGCCAACAGAUGCAACGCCACAGGUUUACUUUAUGAAAAGAAAUGCCUCUAUAAAGAAUCUCUAAAAGCCUAUUCAGAAGCUCUGGAUAUCGAUCCCUCCCAUGUACCAAGCUUGAUCUCUAUGGCUGCUGUCCUCAGACGUCUUGGCGAUAGCUCACACCACUCUCACACAGUUGUCCGAAGCCUUCUGAUGCAUGCACUAAGUAUUGAUAGAACGAACCAUUCUGCGUGGUAUAACCUUGGUCUACUGUACAAAUCUCAGGGUACGCCAUCUUCUUCAUUAGAGGCUGCUGAAUGUUUCAAGGCUGCACUCUCUCUCGAAGAGUCUGCUCCCGUUGAACCCUUCAGAUAGCCACACCUACAUUUGUGCACACCUUUCAUUUCUGUCAAGUUCAAACUUCUCUCCCAUCCACAUACUUCCUCUUUAGAUGAUGAAAAUGAAAAUCCGAUCUCGGAUUUGGUUGAGUUAACCAUUCUCAGGCUCUGUCAUACGGCCGGAUACAAAUAUAGAUACAAGGAAUCCCGGCCGCAACCAAAAUACAGUAACGAUUUUAUACACUUCGCACGCAAAAAGAUUUCUUUCCCAUUGCUGUCUUAAUACUAUAGUUGUAACUUUCGUAUAUUCUUUAAUAUACCAAAUUUUCAUAUCAUCUUUGGCGCGAGCCUUAUGGAGUCUCUGGAGAAACCUUGGUUGGAAGGCCGUCCGUUCGGAGAGAGGUUGCUAGGGUUAGGCUAGUCGGGCCAAGCCGACUCGAACUUUUUUUGUUUUAUAUUUUUAUCCACAUCUGUUGUUCAUAAUAUUUGAACUUGAUGAAAUUGUCAUUUGUAACUCGAGUCUAUAAAAGUAAUAUCUUUUUCUUUAUGAAUAUGUUUGUGUACAAUGCCAAAUUAAACAUAAAAAUUACAGAAACAAUUAUUUA